AUGUCUACAGCUCUUUGCUUGAAUCGAUUACGCGAGGUUUCCCCGAAAUUCCGAUUUGGGUCAUUUCACUUUCGAAAUGCACACUUUUUGGCAUCGGUACCGCUGAAAAAGAGUGGACAACAGCUGGAUGGGAAAUUUUUGGAAGGGAAAAAGCCGUUGGUCUUGUACUUCUCAGCGGGAUGGUGUCCGAGCUGCCGAAUGUUUACGCCGAAAUUUGCGAAAUUCUACGAAGAUUUUGCGAAAUCGCGAGGUCUUGAAGUGGUUUGGGUGUCAAGGGAUAAAGAGGAGCAAGAUUUGGAGAAUUAUUACGAGAAGCUCCCAGAUUGGGCAUAUGUGCCGUUUGGAGAUAAAAAUAUCAGAGAAUUGCUGCACAAGUACAAUGUGAAAACGAUUCCCACGUUGCGAUUGGUCGACGAGAACGGAAAAGUGCUCAGUGAUGAGAUCAGGAAGGAUAUUGAGGACAAUUGGAAAGAGCACCCGGAGAAAAUCAUGGAGAAAUGGGAGAAAUUGUAUCAA